UUUUUUUUAAAACAAUAUCACUAUGGGCAAAAGAAAGAACUCUAUCGACCACAAUUCAUCGCGUCAUGUGAAGGUUGAGAUUAUUGAGAAACAAGCCGAUGUAGAAACACCUUAUUUGGCCACAUUUCCCGGCACAAAGCCUCCUUCAGACACCCUCUUUACAGCAUACAAACCAGAGAAUACUUCCUCCUCCAAAAGAGCAGAUCACCGUGUUGUUUCCGGUGAGACCGAUAAAGUCAGUUUUAAUGCCAUCAACUUUGGUCCUGAUGCUGUCCGUAACAACCAAUGCAAAUAUAUUGUCGGUGUGUACAACAAAAAAAAGAACACAUUGAGUAUCAGCAAUGCGCCUGUGAUGAAGAUGUCACGUACCGUCAAGGCAUUAUCUAGCGACAGCAUAAACCCUAGUGCUAUUGCUCGUGGUCAAAUGGCUCGUACUGCGCUUGGUCUAGCAUUCGGUACAGCCAAGGCCAAGCAACAAUUAAAGAGCGAUGAAAGAAACAUGGUCAAGGGUGAUGAUAUCAUGGAAGAAAUGGACCAUUUACACAGCGAAAUCAAUAAGGCCACUGUCAGCAUACCAAAGAAAGACGAAAUCAAGAAAUCCAUGGAGACUUCUUUACCAGUACCCAAACACAGUCUUGAAGCUGAAUCUCCUGAUCAAGUCUACGAUCUUUCAUCUAUUGUAACUGAAGAAGAACUCCAGAGUUUGAAUUAUAAGGAACUCUUGAAGCAGACAUCUUUGGAGGGUGUCAAGAGUUUGUUGGCUUAUCAUGAUUCCAAGUUUAUCAAUGAUCGUUUGAUGGCUAUCUUGGGAUCUUCUGGAAAGAAAGACCGUAAGCGUGUUCGUACACUGAUGUACAUUAACUUGCUUAUGGGAUAUUAUCUUCGUGUUCGUCCUGGAGAUCUAAAGAACCGUAGAAAGGUAGAGGCAGCUUUAAAGAGUCCCUCAAGCAUUGUUCUUGAUGGUCUUGCUGAAAGAUAUACUGAAUCCAACCACCGUACUCCUCUUAUGACUGACAAGAUCCUUCUAUACAUGUUUACUCUCAUUCUUUCAGUAUCUGGAUAUAGUGUUGUGAUUGAUGAUAUCUGUAAAGAUCUUUUACUUAAGCCUACCAAAGUCACCACAUUAUUUAGAAGUUUGGGUUGUAAAGUAGACAAAGCCAGUGCGGAAGAAUGUCGCGAAGCAAACAACAAGAUGGCUAAGAAGGCUACUCUGGUUGUGCCCUUAAAGUUCCCUGAAGUUAGAAAUGGUAUCAAUCGUCGUUAAUUCUAAUAAUAAUAAUAAAAAAAAAUAAGCCUUGAAUUGCUUUAACC